GUUAAAGUCGUCAUUCGGGCAAUUCCAUUUUCAUCGUAGUCUUCGUUUGGCGAACAGCCUGGUCUUUCCAGUUUCUCCCUCUACGUCGAUCUAAACCCAUCCAAGCAGUGAAGGGGCAAUCAAACUCUCGGCGACCGUUUCUGCCAGUGUCUCUCUCGUUCAUUCAGGCAUCAUAGAGAUGAAAGAUAGCAGAGAUGCUGUCAAGAACGAUAAAGCCUCAAAAUCCUCAGCUGUUAGCUCUCUCCCACUCAUUCUUGAUGUGGAUGACUUUAAGGGUGAUUUUUCAUUUGACGCGUUGUUUGGGAACUUGGUGAAUGAGCUUCUGCCGUCUUUCCAAGACGAAGAAACUUAUUCAUCAGAAGGGCAUGGCAGCGGCGCUGGUGGGAAUGAUGCUUUGUCGAAUGGACAUUUACGAGGGGAUGCCGCGAAAUCGGCUGCCCCUUUGUUUCCAGAAGUGGAUAAGCUCUUGGGCCUAUUCAAGGAUUCUUAUAAGGAGUUGGUUGAUCUUCGAAAACAGGUUGAUGGUAGACUCAACAAUCUCAAGAAGGAGGUCUCUGUCCAAGAUUCUAAGCACCGCAAGACACUCGCUGAGCUGGAAAAAGGUGUAGAUGGAUUGUUUGAUAGCUUUGCAAGGUUGGACUCACGUAUUUCAAGUGUUGGACAGACUGCUGCAAAGAUUGGAGAUCAUUUGCAGAGUGCAGAUGCUCAGCGAGAAACUGCUAGUCAAACAAUAGAGCUUAUAAAGUAUUUGAUGGAGUUCAAUAGCAGCCCAGGAGACCUAAUGGAACUUUCACCUCUAUUUUCUGAUGACAGCCGUGUUGCGGAGGCUGCUUCAAUUGCACAGAAAUUGCGGUCAUUUGCUGAGGAAGAUAUUGGAAGACAAGGAGUAGGUGCACAGCCAGUUAUGGGGAAUGCUGCUGCUAGCAGAGGAUUGGAAGUUGCGGUUGCUAAUCUGCAGGAUUAUUGUAAUGAACUGGAGAACAGAUUGCUUGCUCGUUUUGAUGCAGCAUCACAGCGGAGAGAAUUGUCUUCAAUGGCUGAAUGUGCUAAAAUUUUAUCUCAGUUUAACAGGGGUACAAGUGCCAUGCAACAUUAUGUAGCAACACGUCCUAUGUUUAUUGAUGUGGAAGUCAUGAAUGCAGACACAAGAUUAGUUGUUGGGGACCAGGGUGCACAAGCUAGUCCUAGCAAUGUUUCUCGUGGGCUUUCUUCAUUGUACAAAGAAAUUACAGAUACCGUGCGUAAAGAAGCAGCAACAAUUAUGGCCGUAUUCCCUUCUCCUAAUGAAGUUAUGUCAAUUUUAGUACAGCGAGUUUUGGAGCAGCGAGUAACAGCUCUCCUGGACAAAUUAUUGGUGAAGCCAUCUCUUGUGAAUCUACCUCCUAUGGAAGAGGGUGGACUUCUAUUAUAUCUUAGAAUGCUAGCAGUGGCAUAUGAGAAGACACAAGAACUUGCUAGAGACCUACGAGCCGUGGGAUGUGGUGACUUAGAUGUUGAGGGCCUCACAGAGUCUUUGUUUUCUGCUUACAAGGAUGAAUAUCCUGAACAAGAGCAGGCCUCUCUUAGACAACUAUAUCACGCAAAGAUGGAAGAAUUGCGUGCUGAAAGCCAGCAGAUCUCUGAGGCAACUGGGACAAUUGGGCGCUCAAAAGGAGCUUCGUUAGCAUCUUCACACCAGCAAAUAUCUGUCACUGUUGUCACAGAGUUUGUGCGCUGGAAUGAGGAAGCAAUUUCCAGAUGUACUUUAUUUUCAUCUCAGCCUGCUACCCUUGCAACCAAUGUAAGAGCGGUUUUCACCUGCCUACUAGACCAAGUUAGUCAAUACAUAACGGAAGGGCUCGAACGGGCUAGAGAAGGCCUGACUGAAGCUGCUAAUUUGAGGGAAAGGUUUAUGCUGGGCGCAAGUCUUAGUAGAAGGGUGGCUGCUGCAGCUGCAUCUGCUGCAGAAGCUGCUGCUACUGCUGGUGAAAGCAGUUUCAGAUCAUUCAUGGUUGCUGUACAACGUUGUGGUAGUAGCGUGGCUAUAGUUCAACAAUAUUUUGCAAAUUCUAUUUCUCGGGUUUUACUGCCCGUUGAUGGAGCACAUGCUGCUUCAUGUGAAGAAAUGGCAACUGCUAUGUCCAGUGCAGAGACUGCUGCUUAUAAAGGGCUUCAACAAUGCAUCGAAACUGUGAUGGCUGAGGUAGAACGAUUGCUUGCAGCUGAACAAAAGGCAACGGAUUAUCGGUCACCUGAUGAUGGAAUCGCUCCUGAUCAUCGACCUACAAAUGCCUGCACGAGAGUGGUGGCAUAUCUUUCCCGUGUGCUUGAGUCUGCAUUCACUGCACUGGAAGGUCUUAACAAACAAGCGUUCCUGACUGAAUUGGGGAACCGGUUGCAUAAGGGGUUACUUAAUCAUUGGCAGAAGUUCACUUUUAAUCCCAGUGGAGGAUUGCGGCUGAAGCGUGACAUAACUGAGUAUGGAGAAUUUGUGCGAAGUUUCAAUGCUCCUACCGUUGAUGAAAAAUUUGAAUUGUUGGGCAUCAUGGCCAAUGUCUUCAUUGUUGCUCCAGAAAGCCUCUUAACUCUGUUCGAGGGUACCCCAAGUAUACGGAAAGAUUCCCAAAGGUUUAUCCAGCUUAGAGAAGAUUACAAGAGUGCAAAACUUGCAGUCAAACUUAGCUCCCUGUGGCCAAGCUCUAGUUGAUACGGAAGUGGCAUGCUGAUUUAGAUAUGACCUCCAAAAUUUCUCGAAUAGUUCACAUCAAGCUGUUACUAAGCUGUGGGAACUGACUUCUCAAGUUGCAUUUAUUUGGUGGCAGCUCGACCAAUUUCGAGAACCAAUUGAAGAUUAUAUUAAUGACAAGGCUGAUGAGCACAUCUUUGGACAGAAAAUUGGGUAAAAUAGAGUUUUUUUUUUUUUUUUUCUCUUUCUUUGGAGUGUAUAUUUUUGAAGUAUGGAUAGGAAGACCCAAUAGCUUUAUAUUCUUUAAGGCUUUUUAAGUUAAAUGCUAGGUUCAAUCGGUUUUUUGUCUUUGGUGACAGUUCAGAAAAGGAAAUUUCAUCUCAGGUGUGCUCCCUUGUAAAUGAUACGUGGGUAUGGAAAAUGCCACUGAAGUUGUUCUUGUUGCCCAUACUUGAAAUGCAAGUGAUGUAGUGCGUACUUGUGAUUUCAAUAUAAUUUGUUACAAUGUGAUUCUUUCA